AUGGCCCCGGCAACCAUUGAGCCAGCGGUCCAGCUGCCCAUCCAAACCAAAUCAAUCCCCUCGGCAAAGCCCAUUCGCGCCAAGGGCAACCUGGACAGCUUCGAGUCCUUUGACGUCACACCCAUCAUUGGGCGCGAGUUUCCAAAGGCGAACCUGGUUGAGUUGCUUAAUGCCCCUAAUUCUGAUGAACUCCUUCGGGACCUCGCCGUCACCAUCUCGGAGCGGGGAGUCGUCUUCUUCCGAGCACAAGAUGACCUCACCAAUGAUCUGCAGAAGGAAUUGAUCCUCAGACUCGGCAAGCUGACUGGACGACCGGAGACGUCCGGUCUGCACAUUCAUCCCCUUCUCAAUUCUGAGCGCGAGCUCGGCGGCAGCGACCCCGAGAUUAGCACCAUCAGCUCCGUCCAGCAUCAACAGUACUACAAGAACACUGAGGCUGAGGCGUUGAGCCCAAAGAAGCAAUCGACGGCCCAGUGGCACAGCGACAUUGCAUUUGAGCCUGUGCCCGCGGAUUAUACCUCGUUGCGUCUCGUGCAGCUCCCCAAGACUGGCGGUGACACGCUCUGGGCAUCUGGAUACGAAAUCUACGACAAGAUCAGUGAGCCCUACCAAAAGUUCCUCGAGACCCUCACUGUAACCUUUGAGCAGCCUGGUUUCGGUGCCGUAGCCGAGCGUCAAGGCUUCCAGCUAUACGACAAGCCUCGCGGCGCUCCGGAAAACGUUGGCCGCGAGCUCAAGGCCAUUCACCCCGUUGUGCGAACCAACCCGGUGACCGGGUGGAAGAGCAUUUUCCCCGUCGGCGGACACGUGUCGCACAUUAAUGGCGUGACCAAGGAAGAGAGCCAGAACCUGCUGCAGUGGUUCCUGGACCUGGUGUACCACAAUCACGAUUUGCAGGUUCGAUUCAAGUGGCAGAACCCUAAUGAUAUCGCCAUCUGGGAUAACCGCAGUGUGUUCCACACCGCCACGUUCGACUACGACGGUCAGGGGGAGCGAUUUGGCAACCGGGCUGUUGGACUCGGUGAGAAGCCAUACUUGGAUCCGCAGAGCACGUCCAGACGAGCUGGUUUGCAAAAGUAG